AUGUUGCUCUCAGCCUCAGUGAACUCCAUCUCAUCCAUGCCUUCCCCUGUGUACCAAUGCAAGAAAGCCUUCCUCCUGAACAUGGCUGUGAACUGCUCGCUUACACGCCGGAACAUUUCCUGAAUGGAGGCAGAAUUCCCAAUAAAGGUUGAUGCCAUGGAAUGCCCCCUAGGAGGAAUGUCGCAAACACUUGACUUGACAUUGUUUGGAAUCCACUCCACAAAGUAUGAAAGGUUCUUAUUCUGAACAUUGAUCAUUUGUUCAUCCACUUCUUUGGUGCUCAUCUUGCCCCUAAACAUGGCAGAGGCAGUGAGAUAG